UGCAGAGAGCGGAAACCUCUUGCAGCAGAAUACCAAAUGAGCGAGUGAGCAGAUUGGAGUGUGUACGCUAGCUUCGAUCUGCUGUGUAUUUGUUUUAUUUAUAAUUUCUGGUGUUUUAGGAUGUCAGACAAAUCGGUUAAACGCCCCGGAGUGGGAGUUGGAGUACUGGUAACAGACUCACUCCACCCUGGAUGCGUUCUCUUGGGGAAACGGAAAAGCGCAAUGGGCAAAGGGACUUAUCAACUUCCUGGUGGUCAUUUGGAAUUUGGAGAGACCUGGGAGGAAUGUGCUCACAGGGAGGUCCUGGAAGAAGCUGGGGUGCAGUUGGUGAACGUCCACUUUGCCUCUGUGGUAAACUCCAUCAGACAAGAGGAGCAGUACCACUACGUCACCAUUAUUAUGCAGGGAGAUCUAGACAGGGACAAGUCUGGAGAGCCGGAGAACCUUGAGCCGGAGAAGAAUGAAGGCUGGACAUGGACCCACUGGAAUGACUUUCCUCCAGAGCAACACCUUUUCUUACCACUAGCCUGUCUGAGACAGCAAGGUUUUCAGCCUUUCCAGAACACGGACACAAACUCUACGGCUCGGCAUUGAAUCUGCGUGUUACUGUAAAAGGUAUUCUUACACCAGAUAGCCAGAACUGUGAUCAUAUACUGUACACUGUUUUCAUUGGUAAGCAAUUGUAAAAAAAAUACAAUACUAUUACAAAGUCCUUAAUGAACUUGAGAGAAAAUUUGGUAAAAUUUCUGGUUUUUUUUUACAUAAGUCUUUACAAAAUCUAUUCAAAAAUGUUAAUUUAACUGUGCAGGAUAAAAGUUAACAUUAGCUAGUACAGUUAGCAGCUCUCCUCUGUGUAGCUUCCUCCACACAGGAGAUAUGUUUAUAAAUGUUUAGAAAGAUAAUUAUGUUUAAAUGUUGUAUUAAUUGUCCAUGGUAUGUUUCAGAUUUAUUCAAUUGAAAAUGUAAAUGUGAAAAUAUGAAUUUUCCCUACGUACCCCACUAGAGAGCGCUCGCGUACCACUUGUGGCCAGGUUUUAGGUGAGGGGAAAUAACACAAUACCUCGUACAAGUACAUCCAAAAAUGUAAUGCAGUCUUACCAGAGCUGUGUCUAAAAGGACUUGCUGUUUGCUGCUUUUGAACACUUACGGUGUUCAAAGAUGACACUGUAAGUGCUUUCGAACCCUUACUAUUUUUAAUAGUAUGUUCAUGUCUGAUGUGCAGAUAAAAGGGUGAACGUCAAAAAUGUACAUUAUUCUUAAUGCAGAUGGUUUAACUGUUCUUUUUAAUGUUACAUAUGAUGAACACAACACAAAGUAUUGAUUUGUGCUCAACUAACCCACACCACGUGUGCACCAUGUUUUUACCCUUAGACCUUUUUCUUGGAAGUGAAAGCUGUUGGUUAAAAUGCCAAAUGUUUUUAUCUCUUAAAAGUCCCGCAGAGCAAGUAUUGUCCACAGUGCCUUUUAAAAGUUUCUUGUCUUUGGAAGCAUGCAGUUGCAAUAUCAUGACGAAACCUAUUUCCUGACAGAUUUAUCACACAUUAAACAUGUUAAUAUUACAAUA